CCGGCUGCAGCUCUCCUGUGCUCCUGCAGGAGGCAGUGCAGCGGGGCUUCUGUCCAUGGUGCUGAAGAUUCGGGCUGGCUCUGUCCGGGGUGCUGAACAGCUCCGGGGUGCUGGGCUCAGUCUGAGGCUGCUGUCAUUACGAUUCACACCGUGUUCUGGUGCUUUAUUGUGCUUGUGUGUUACCGUACACGUCUGUCUGCCAGCCCGGAGAUGUCGGAGGAGCGGAGGGGGAGGGGAAGAAAAUGAGUUCAAAGGUCAGACACUGAGCCAACGGUGGACCAGGGGAGAGCCAAUCAACCAGAGGGGACGAGCCUCAGCAUCAAAAUGAGCCAAGACACUACAGAGACACGAACACGAACCCGCUCCAAAGGCAUCCGGGUGCCAUCAGAACUCGUGGGACAAGAGAUGAAGCAGGAGUUAAGUAGCAGCUGUCCCACCCCUGGAUGUGAUGGCAAAGGCCACGUCAGUGGAAGAUACUCUCGACAUAGAAGUGUACUAGGAUGCCCAAUUGUGAAGAAAAGGAAGCUGGAGGAGGCUGAGGUUGAAGAGAACCAGUCUGCUCCCAAGAGGAGGAACCAGCCUGGCAAACAGGCAGCAGAUGAGGGCUACACCGCAGACAGCGAUGCAGCAGAGGAGGAGGAAGAGGAGGAAGAGGAGGAGGAAGAAGAUCUCAAAGAGAAGAAGAAAAACAAAGCAAAAAGCAGGCCAGAGGCAAUAAAACCCGACUGCUCACUGAUGACAACAGAGGACACAGAAACAGCAGUUUGUCCUGUGGCUGAAGACGGCAAUAACGAAAGCACCACCUCUCAUACUGCAAACAAAACUGAAAGUGAGAAAAGUGAGGAAGAUAAACCGGUAAUACUCACCGAUGAUCUACAGCAGGAGGAAACAGAGACAAAUGAGGAGGAGGAAAGUCAGCUGGUGACAAAUGACCAGCCGUCAGAGCAAGCUGAAGAAGAAACAGGGGUUACUGAGCUGAAAGAGACAAAAAAAGAGGAGGAAGAGGAUGCAGAAGAAGAAGAAGAAGAAGAAAAGAAAGAAGAGGAGCAGCAAGAAAGUCCAGAGAACACUGUAGAAGAGAGGGCGGUAGAAAGACAGAUGAUAAGCCAGGAAAACUCUGAUCACCAGUACUCCAGUGGAGAUUACAAACAUCAGGCCAAAGAAUCAACAAUGGAGCAGAGUAAGAGGGAGGAACAGGGUGAAGAGGAGGACGAGGAGGAAGAGGAAGAGGAAGAAGAAGAUGAGGAGGAGGAGGACGAGGAGGUGGGAGAAGAAAGGGAGGUCCACCAAGAGGUUGAUACUCCUUACGCUUUGAGUUCACGCACUCAGGGAUCUGAAGCCGAGGUGUCGCUCAGGGAAGAAAAGGUCAGCACCCCCAUGACGGAGGAAGAGGAGGAGGACGAAGAGCAGCAGGAGGAGAGAGAGGAAGAGGAGGACGAGAGGCAUGGGACGGAAGCCGGCGAGGUGGUGGAGGAGGAAGAGGAGGACAGAGACUCCAGCAAAGCCUCUCCAAGUACAGUGGUCAUAGAGCUCCGCUCUGAGGAGGAUGAUGAUGAGGAUGAUGACGAGGAGGAGGAAGAGGAGGAGGAAGAGGAGGAGGAGGAGGACGGAGAGGAGCAGGAUCGUGUCUCAGAGGGCUCAGGAAUCACAGACGACUCAGAGAACUGGGAUAUGACUCGGGGGAACCUGGGACUGCUGGAGCAGGCCAUUGCCCUGAAGGCAGAGGAGGUGAAGGGAGGUCAGGAGGCCCAGAGCUCCCCAGAGUACCAUCCAUACAGCACCUCCAGCAAGAGCUCCGAGCCUGCUGCUGCAGCCCGCCGCACUUCUCACUACAGCAAAGAGAAGAAGGAAGUAAAGUGUCCAACCCCAGGGUGCGAUGGGACAGGUCAUGUGACGGGGCUGUACCCUCACCAUCGAAGUCUGUCUGGAUGUCCUCACAAAGACAGAAUCCCUCCAGAGAUCCUGGCCAUGCAUGAGAACGUCUUGAAGUGUCCGACUCCUGGCUGCACAGGCCAAGGCCAUGUCAACAGUAACCGCAACACACACCGAAGUCUGUCUGGCUGCCCCAUUGCAGCUGCAGCUAAGCUGAACAAAAGCCAGGACAAGCAGGUUCAUUUACAAGCUUCAGCCAGCGAACCCUCUUCCAACUCUGACAGAGUGCUCAGGCCCAUGUGUUUUGUGAAACAGCUGGAGAUCCCUCAGUAUGGCAGCUACCGGCCCAACGCAGUGACCACCACGCCUCGAGCCAACCUGGCCAAGGAGCUGGAGAAAUAUUCCAAGGUGUCUUUUGACUAUGCAAGCUUUGACGUCCAGGUGUUUGGAAAGCGGAUGCUUAUCCCAAAGACACCCAGCAGCACUGAAACAUCACCCAAAGCCUUCAAAUCUAAACCAUUCCCUAAGGCCUCCUCUCCCAGUCACAGUGUGUCAGGAGGCUUUUCUAAGAACGCCUCGUCCUCCAGUGGUUAUGACUAUAGCCAAGAUGCAGAGGCAGCCCACAUGGCGGCAACAGCCAUCCUCAACCUUUCCACCCGCUGCUGGGAGAGACCAGAGACCCUCAGCGCCAAGCCCAGGGACCCCUGCACCAAGGAGUCGGACAUUGAAGUGGACGAGAACGGCACCUUGGAUCUCAGCAUGAAGAAGACCAAGAGGGAGGGCAUGCAGCCUCCAGAGCCUUCGUCCUCCUCGUCUUCAUCUUCUCAACACAUCGGAGCCACCUUGUCUCAGGGUCACACUCAGCCAGAGUGGGAGGGGCCGCUGGACUUCACCAAACCAAGUGGAGUCAAAGAGGAAGACCAUGAAGAGGUGGAGUAUGCGGCUCCCUCAUACACCUCAUCUGAUGGUGAGGAAGAGGACCAGGAGAACUUGGAGGAAAGGAAGUACCCUGGUGAGGUCACCACCAGCAGCUUCAAGGUCAAGUUUCAGCCCAAAGACAGCAAGAAAGACGUUCUUGUAUGUCCCACCCCAGGCUGUGAUGGCAGUGGACACAUCACUGGCAAUUACGCAUCCCAUCGAAGUCUGUCAGGCUGUCCUCUUGCUGAUAAAUCACUUCGGACCCUCAUGGCUGCCCACACAGCUGAACUAAAGUGUCCCACUCCAGGUUGCGACGGAUCAGGCCACAUCACUGGAAAUUACGCCUCACAUAGAAGUCUGUCUGGGUGUCCUCGAGCCAAGAAAGGCGGGAUCAAAUCGAUCCCCACAAAGGACGACAAGGAAGACUCUGAGCUGUUAAGGUGUCCAGUUCCUGGCUGCGACAGUCUGGGCCACAUUAGUGGGAAGUACGCCACCCACCGCAGUGCCUACGGCUGUCCACUGGCAGCACGCCGGCAGAAGGAAGGUCUUCUUAAUGGCACUCCUUUCUCCUGGAAGGCCUUCAAGACUGAGGGCCCGACCUGCCCGACGCCAGGCUGCGACGGCUCCGGACACGCUAACGGCAGCUUCCUGACGCACCGCAGUCUGUCAGGUUGUCCCAGAGCAUCGGCAAACAAGAAGAGAGCCAAGUUCCCUGGAGACGAGUAUAUCACUGCAAAGUUCAGAGCCAGUGACGUUCUGGACAAUGAUGAGGACAUCAAGCAGCUCAACAAGGAGAUCAACGAGCUCAACGAGUCCAACUCAGAGAUGGAGGCCGAUAUGAUGAACCUGCAUACUCAGAUCUCUUCGAUGGAGAAGAAUCUGAAGAGCAUGGAGGAGGAGAAUAAACAGAUCGAGGAGAGGAAUGAAGCUCUGUUCCUGGAGCUAUCCGGCCUGAGUCAGGCCCUGAUCCGCAGCCUGGCCAACAUCCGCCUGCCUGCCAUGCAGGAGCCGUUGUCAGAGCAGAACUUCGACAGCUACGUAGAAACCCUGACCCACAUGUUUACCAAUAAAGACUGCUACCAGAACCCUGAGAACCGGGCUUUGCUUGAGUCCAUCAACCAGGCGGUGAAGGGCAUCGAGGUGUGACGGACAGGAGGAGUAUGGGGGGGGGCAUCACAGUGACAACACCAAUCUUUCUUUCCGAACCCUUUAGAUACUGUAUGUAAUUAAUUCUUCUCAUUUGGAACUUUGUCAUCUGUUAUUUGCGUUUGUUUGCUGUUUGCAUGUUGCUUUAUGGCGGUGUGAGUGUGAACAGAUGAGGGUGUGGAUGUGAAGUGCGUGGUAGCACACUGGAGUUAAACUGUUACUGUAAGCAGGGUGUAUACAGACAGGCAGAGAGUGCAGAACAAAGGCGGGAGGUCAGUACAGAGCCUGAGCAGAUCCUCUUAGUUAGUGAACAUAUCCCACCUCCACUCAAUAAUGUUGAUAGUAUUCUAUAUGAGCAUAGUGAUGUUGCACCUCCAGGACUAGUUUGUAGAUUCAUUCUUACUAUUGCUGUGUAACUAUUUAAGUCCUUUGCAAAUGUUAGUUUAAUAACAACUUAUUUAUUCAUGUCUGCUGUAUUUUUUAUGUUGGCCUAUUUAUUAUUCAUUAUCUAUUUAUUCAGUUGUUUUCCAAAAUGCUACCUGAGAAGAUUUUAAACGGUAACCAUGAGAAAGGAAAUAAUUUCCUCUGCAUUGUUGAACAAAGAGGAAAUAUUUUAAGAUAUCAACUAUGAAUUCUUUUAUAUAUCUUAUUAUUUAUUUAAAAUACUGGGAUCUUUUUAAGUGCAAAUAUUUUGUAACUGAAAGUUUUUUAAUAAUUUUCUAAAGAUUUGUUUUUGGUUUUGGUGCUUCUGUUUAUAUGAUUUUCCUGUUUAUUUUCACAAACUAUUUUGAGUACAUUGCAAUACACUGGGAAUAUUGAGCUGCACAUAUUUGGUAUUUAUUUGGUGAUGAAGAACAAAGUGAUGGUGAAUAUUUAUUUUGUAUUGUCUAUGUGUUAAUGAUGGCUGUGUAUGGAUUAGUCUUUAAGUUGCUCUUGAAAUAAAGGUUAACCUGCAGUAAAUGUG